AUGGACCUGAAGUGGAAUCCUGGCAGACUUUCUCAUCCAGCCUCAGCUGCAGUCCAGGUGACAGAUUUGAGUUGGCGAGGCAACCUAAAUCCCAGUCCCCUGAUUAAAGAUGACGGAGAACUACUUCUGGAUGAAUACCUUUCCCCCAGGAAACUGAAAGUUCUGACAGGAGCAGAUGAUCUGCAGCGAGUGAAGGCCCUAGAGAUGCAAGUAGAUACAAGAGAGAACAGCCUGGGGAACUUUGGUGCCUAUCUACCUAAUCUGAGGGAACUGAAGUUGAACAAUAGCUUGCUUGUGUCUGUGAGGGAUCUUGGAACUACAUUGUCCCAUCUCCGCAUCCUGUGGAUGGCUUGCUGUGGGCUCUCAGAUUUAGAUGGGAUCUCUUCCUGCGGCUCUCUCAAAGAACUCUACAUAGCCUAUAAUAAUAUCUCUGACCUCAGCCAGCUGACCUGGUUGGAACACCUCGAGGUUUUGGAUCUGGAAGGAAACAAUAUUGAGGACAUCAGCCAGAUGCAGUACCUGGGACUUUGUUGCAAGCUGAGCCGCCUGACCGUGGAGGGCAACCUUAUUUGUCUGAAGCCAAAUGCAGAAUCUGCAGAGGAACCAGAUUAUAAUUACAGAGCUGAAGUAAAAAAAAUCAUUCCCCACUUGGAGUAUUUGGAUGAAAUACCAGCAAGCCAGACUGCUCUCCUUCCUUCCAAGAAGAUGCAUGAAGAUUGGCUAAUCAUCAAGGAAUCCAUCAAGGAUGGUGGCUUAGCUGGAGACAUUUCAUGGUUAGGUCCGUAUCUUGGGGAAGUAGCAAGGCAGCCUGGAUGCGGCCCAAGACCCCCAACAACUUCCAGACCUAGAACUGCACAGCGGAGUGCUGGUGCAGGGGUAUCUGGCAAUGCUCGCCUCCUGCACCGUGGCUGCCCUCUUCCAGAUCCCACUGUUUCUAACGAGCUGUUCACAGAAGACGACUCCAGUGAUUUGACACAUGGACUCGGACAGGUUAUAUGUGGGAACCCCACCAAGGCCCUUCGUGCAAGGAGGCAAAAGCUAGGUCCGCCUGCAGUGAGCUCAUUGAAACCGUGUGGUCUGAAGACAGAAAACCUUUAUGGCUCUGGAAGAGGAGAUCUGCACGAGGAAGAUAAGCUCUCUGAACUGAGAGUAGGGAGAGAGCAGCACAAGCGGUGCCUGCUACCAGGUCAGCAAGAAGAAGAUGCCCAAGCACUGAAGGAAACGCUUGGUGAUGAGGAAGAGAGUGAAGACAGCAGCCUGACUGACCGCUGUGAGGGGGAGUUGCGGAAGACCUGUGGUGAGGACCUCACUGAAAGGAUUUCACUUGAUUCUUCUUGUCACUCCUGUGUCUCACAGUCUUCUUCAGGUUCAUCACAGGCUCAGGAAGGUGCAGUGUUCUCCAACCUGAACCAUUGUCUAAUUCCAUCCCCUCCAAAAGGCCCUUCACCUGCAUCUGUAACGGGUGUUGCAGCAAGACCCUGGAAGAUGAGGAACCACGGAAUAAGAUGCCUAAAAAUACCCUGCGAAGAGGAGGACAGGCAGUGGACACAGCGGUGCCAGUCAAACGCUCAUCAAGAAACUUCAGCCCAGCCUCUGGGAAAAAAACUCGCUCUCCUGAACCAGCACAGCAUGCCGGCUGCUUCCAGAUCCCAAGGGCAGCCUCCCGGGAGCACUGGCUGGCAAAGGCCUAUUUCAAGACCAGCAGCAGCUGUGGGGUCAGGCAGCAUCAGGCCCAUCACAACUGAGCAUCCUCCUGCUGAGAUCAACCACCACCAGCCAGCUGUCUGCUCAUCCACCGAAGCCUCGGAGGGGUUCGGGCUGAUGAAUGCCGCUUGGCCCCAGACUGCCAGGGCCAUGCUACAGUCAUUGCCAGGCAGACCCGCUGCCUCAGUCGCAUCUCAGAGCAAAGGUCGCCGGUCCUAG